AUCUCCCCGACGGGCACCACGUUCAUAUUCUCCUUCAUCAUCUGUACCAUCGGCCUAAUUAUAUACCAUACACACCUGCUUUCGACACUACUUUGCCUUGAGGGAAUAAUACUGUCAAUUUUUAUAGCCCUAACAAUAUUAUCGCUCGACUUGCACACCUCCUCAUUCAUCCUACCAUUAACAGUCCUAACCCUAUCCGCUUGUGAAGCAGGAGUUGGCCUUGCCUUAUUAGUCGCCUCUGCUCGAACUCAUAAUACGGCAAGCCUCAAAAACCUAAACCUGCUACAAUGCUAA